AGGCGUAGAGCUGUGGCCCUUAGUGAGCUAUAAACCCAAACCUUUGCACUUCAUAUUUUUUCAAUGUAUUGACCGUGCUCAUUCGUGUUGGCACAACUGAAUAUGAGAAGGAGGACAUAAAAAAUAAAACAGUGGUUAAAACUAGUAGCAAGACUAAGGCAACUCUACUGGCAGGACAUGGCUACCAAACAAAUACUGGGACAAGGGCCGGGACAACAGCUUUCAGAACUGAGGAUUGUUCUUUUGGGAGGUAGAAACUCUGGAAAAAGCUGUGUGGGAAACAUGGUCAUAUGCGCGGAAGAGUUUGUCACACGAGAGCGAACUAUGUGUCUGAGGAGACAUGCUGACGUUUUGGGCAAGCAUAUUAUUGUCACUGACACCCCAGGCUGGUGGUGUGACUUCCAAGCUUGCGAUUCCCCAGAGCUCGUGAAGAGAGAGAUAGUUCGUAGCAUUACACUGAGCCACCCUGGGCCACACAUUUUCCUUCUGGUCAUAAAAGUAGACUCAGCUUUCACAGAGAAGCGAAGAAGGGCUGUUCAAGAGCAUCUGGAGCUUCUUGGUGAGGCUGUAUGGGGCCACACUUCAGUUCUGUUCACCAAAGGAGAACACUCAAAUAGCAUCGCUAUUGACGACCAAAUCAAAAGGGGAGGGAGAUCCCUACAGUGGAUCCUUGAGAAAUGUGGCAAGAGGUAUCAUGCCCUUGAUAUUAACUGCGGGUAUGAUAUAAAACAAAGUGCUCAUCUAUUGGAGAAGAUAGCGGAGAUGAUAGCAGGAGGUGGUGGGCAACAUUUUGAGAUGGAGCAACACACUCUACAGGAAGUGGAGGACAGCAGGUCUGAAAUGGUUAUGAGGGCUCAACAGCGACUGAUGAGAGUGAAAUCACAAAGACGCCGGCUCAGUGGUCUGUCAAAGCCCUUGAACGAACUAAGCAUGGUCCUGGUGGGUGCAAGGGGAUCGGGUAAAAGCUCUGUGGGGAGUACUAUUAUGUCUGGACAGGAGGAGUUUGACAAGAAGAGGCGAACAGCCCACUGUGUGACCAAAACAUGCAGAGUUGCAGGGAGGCAAGUCACCCUGGUGGACACACCUGGUUGGUGGAUGAACUACUUUGCACAAGACUCCCCAGCGUCCAUGAAACGGGAGUUGAUGCGCAGUGUGCAUCUGUGUCCCUCUGGUCCCCAUGGCUUUCUUCUGGUGGUGCGUGUGGACAAGGCCUUCACUGAUAUGUAUCGUAGAGCUUUACAAGAACAUUUGGAACUUCUCAGUGAAAGAGUGUGGAGUCACACCAUUGUUUUAUUCAGCUUUGGCGACUGGUUGGGAGACACAACCAUUGAACAUUACAUUGAGACCGAAGGGAGAGCCCUACAAUGGCUUGUUGAGAAAUGUGGUAACAGGUAUCAUGUUUUCAACAACAAGACCAAAGGAGAUGGGUUUCAAGUCACUUUAAUGCUGAAGAAGAUUGAAGAAAUGCUGGCAGGAAACAAUGAUCACCAUUACAAGAAAGAUGAGAAGACCUUUGUGGAGCUAGAAGAGAGGAAGAGGGCCGACAAAGAAAGGGCAAAAGAUAGAGCAAUGACAGCCGGGGAACAAAGAAAGGUGCUAAGAUCACUGGUUGAAAUGGUCAAAGUUCCCAUUGACCUGAAGAUCACAUUACUAGGGGGAAGACACUCUGGCAAGAGCUCCACUGGAAACACAAUCCUCAACAGAGAUGAGUUUGAAUUUGACGGCCAAGACAUCGAUUUGGUUGAAAAAAAGGGAAAUGUGACUGGAAGAGAUCUAACAAUCAUCAAAGUUCCAUCAUGGAAUUCUCUGAAGCUUGAGAAAUAUAACUUAAUUGAGGAACUGUCUCUUCAUGCUCAUGGGUGCGGUGUCGUCCUGUUAGUUGUCAACUGCAGUUCCUCAUUUCGCAAUGUGGAAUUUAAAGCCACAGUGGCACGUCUCUCCGUACUUGGGAAGCAGCUGUGGCGUCACACCCUGGUUCUCUUUACCAAUGGGGACUGGCUAGGAGGCACCACCAUAGAGCAGCACAUUGAGAGUGAAGGCGAACCCCUUCGAAAGAUGGUUGAAAACUGUGGAAACAGAUACCACGUUCUGAACAACAAGGAUCGAGAGGACAGAAGCCAAGUCUCAGAACUUCUGGAAAAAAUUGAGGAAGUGGUUGUGCUAUUGAGACUCGAGGACCAAAAGUGCAAGGAUGCAGUAGGUGCGACUCUAAUGGGACUUUCAGCAAAGUCAGACAGGUUGGAGACACACACUUAUGCAGGGGAAACUGAGAGCAUCUCUCUUUCACAUGAAACGUGUCCUGUGGAGAGAGCAGAGGAGUUUCAUCACUUGGGUGCUUCUGAGUCUUCAGAUGUAUCGGGUAUGAUGCCUUCAACACGAAGGACUGAUGGACCGGCUGGGCCUGCAGAUGAACAAUGCAUAUUGGCAGAAAGGGACACAAUGGCGGCAAAGAGGGGCACUUCAGUGGCUGUACGGAUAAAUGAUGGUUGGCAGUGGCCCUCAGCAAAUGCUGGAUGUAGGGUUGUAGUGGUGAAUGCUCCUGAGUGGUUGUGCUCUGGGGUCUCACAAGGUUCUAGAAGGUUCAGAUCAAAUGGCUGGACUCCUGUCUCCACAGAGGGGGGCCUUGCUUGGCUUGCGAUCGCACCACUGCCACAAAGGAGGUCACGCAUGCUGCUCGCAGGAGAAGAUGCUGUUUUCCAUGGACAGGCAACUGGCUGUGUUGACGGACCAUCCCCCCAUACAAAGCAACAUGACCAGGGAGACCUGAAAGAAUUUAUCAAGUCAGGAAGCUUACAAGCACUAAUAGAUGGAUGGGGAGACAGUAAUAUUGACGAGCUGGAAGCCUUCAUUGACUCUUACUUAGAAAUGCUCUUAGAGGAAUCAGUAGAAUCAGCCUUAACAGAGCAGGGCAGUCCUGACUCCAGCAGCUCAGGCAAACAUAUGUGUGUGGUUGAAGCUUGUCAUGAGGUUCUAUCAUCCAUUGACAGGAAGCUCUCUAAACUUGGUCUACUUGAGGGAAUGCAGAGGGACUUAGAUGAGCUGAAGUGCACUUUGGAGCGGAGCAGCAAGAUCAUCCAGGAUCUUAAGAACCCUGGUAAACUAACAGCAGACAACUCAAGUUUCAAACAGGCAGAGGACAAUUCUAAGAACCCCUUAUAAAAAAAGAAUGUAUUGACUCUUCAUUCGAUAAGACAGCUGUUUUUGAUAUUUUAUAUUGCUGGUUCUCCAUGACUGUUUCACAGGUUGUCAUCAUGAAACCUUGGAUUAUUUUAUCAGACUAACUUGAUUAAUUGCACAUUUUGUUUUCACACCAGCCAUAUCGGAUUGAAUGAACACCUGUGUUUUUUCAUACUUGUGUUAUCACUUUAUGGUAGGCGUCUAGAGCUGUGUGGGACUAGGAAAAGGCAUUGUGAAAAGAUUAUACAGCUUUUGUAUAUGAUUUGAUUUAGUAUGAGAAUUAUAUGAGAAUAUAAAACAAAUCAAGUACAAUAUUAAAAUUUCAAUUGUUUUGGGUUAUUUGUAAGUCUUUUAUGUCUUAUGUUAUUGUUACUGUACUUGGAUAAUUGACUGAAACUAUGUUUACAUUGCCUAAAUUCACCACAAAUCAAUGCUAAAAUAUAAAUUAGGCUGUGUCUAUUCAGUGCUUCUGUACUGGAAAUUAAGUACAUUUUCCGUGUCUUUUUCAACAAACUGAUCUCCAAUAAAGCUGAUUUAUUAAUAA